UUUGCAAUGGUUUUCGUUGUACAGCAGUCCCCCACGGCGCAGGAGAGGGUGUCUCCUCUCAGCGGAGGAGAGCGGACCUCUCCUGCACCUGUCCCCUCAGCAGCGCUGCCAAAGCCGGAAACCGUAAGUUGGAAACCUGAACUUGGCUUCACAAUGAGGCUUGGAGCACAGGUGCAGCUUCUCCAUCAUCUGUGCUCGCCGCUCGCCGCUCGCCGCGCCACACAAGAAUUUCUCCUUGCAUUUGGCGAGCGGGCGAGCGGCUUUUUCAAGCCCUGGGUUACA